GUUGAGCUCCAGCUUUUCGCUCCCAAAAGUCCACCUCUGCAGUGAAACGAUAGCGGCUGAAAAAAAAACUUCCGACCUUCCUCUGCCUACCAGGAAAGACCAAAAAAAAAUCUUUCUCAUGCUGGUUGGUCGCAGUCUUGUUCCCUCGUAUCAAGAUUCCGAGCGGAGCCUCGUUUGCUCCUCGUCCUCGUGCCUUUUCGAUCGUCUAAUCCUUCCUUUCGUCUCGGUGAGCAUCCAAUACAAACCCCAGUUCUCUUGGUGCAUGUCAUUCGUGUACCAUGAUGCAUGCCGAUACCAGUAGCAGUAUCCACUUGACUGCUCACGAAGCCUUGAGUGGAGUCUUCGGCAGUAUUUCAUUGGCGGCCUGGAUCUUUCUUUUGGUGCCCCAAUUGAUUGAAAAUUACAGGCAGGGUUCAGCAGAAGGCAUCUCCCUCCUCUUUCUCGUCGUCUGGUUCAUCGGCGACAUAACCAACCUCAUCGGCGCUGUAUGGGCUGGCCUUGUACCCACCGUGAUUGCUUUGGCCGUGUAUUUCUGUCUCGCCGACCUGAUUCUCAUCUCGCAAUGCGUAUACUACAACACCGUCAACGCGCGGCGGCUACGGAAGCUAUCCCAGAUGACCACGGAGAGUGGCGGUAGUGUCGAACAGCCCUUGCUGCAAAGGUCGUCCUCGUAUGAGAGCAGAAGGAGGAGGAGCAGCAUAGGCUUGCCAGGCAGUCACCGGAGAAGGAGUACUGCUUCGCGGCGGCGCUCCAGUCUGGCUGCCAUCGUCGAGGAAGAAACGGGUAGCAGAGCGUGGUUCAAGAACAGCAUGAGCAUCCUUCUGGUAUGUGUAGUCGGUGCUGCCGGCUGGGCCAUCGCUUGGAAGACAAACGUGUGGCAUCCUGCUCCCGAGGAGACGGGAGAUCCGGGAAAAGGUGUACACACUCCUCUUGGGGCGGAAAUAUUAGGCUACACCAGUGCAGUCUGCUACCUUGGCGCGAGAAUACCGCAGAUCAUCAAGAACCAGCGGGACAGGUCUUGCGAGGGACUGUCGUUGCUUUUCUUCUUGUUAAGCCUUAUGGGCAAUUUUACAUAUGGCGCAGGCAUCCUGUUCCAUUCUCUGGAGAAGGACUAUGUUCUAACCAACCUGCCGUGGCUUGUUGGAUCUCUCGGCACCAUCGCCGAAGACGCCAUCAUCUUCGUUCAAUUUCGCAUGUUCAAGUCCGACAUGCCACCAGAGCAUGCGGUAGAGUAAAUACCGCCGGAGAGAGAAGAGAAGAGGGUGGAACGGACGGGGCGUUUGCUUCGGAAGGUGAAUACCGUACGGGACGAAGAUGCUUGACUGCUUCAACUUGUUCCAACACGAUCAAUGGAACCAGAGAGCAUACAAGGGUCAUGGUGUUCGGUUAGCCUAGUCACGCUUCAUUGUGUCAUAAUUUGACGAGCUGCGCGUCCUCUAGGUCAUGGAGAUCCGUCCGACCUAGGUUUUUGUUUUGGCUUAUCAAGGUAUCGCGUCUUCCAUCUGCUGUUUGGCACCUCGACAGGUCGAGUUGCACCCCGUUGCAGGAUUGCAGAUUGCUCAAUCGGUAGUGCUCCGCAAAUGCGUUUUGCCCUGCAGCUAGGCAAGUGUAUGUACGGAUACAUUGAAGACGACGGUUUGCAUUUGUCAUGAGUCCUAAGUCAUUCUAUGUACAAGAAGCUAGUCUUCAAUCAGGAAUGACUCGUAUCUGGACCUCGCGAGUAGCUACCCUUUUCUUCGCUUGUGCCGAUCCUUGACAAAAUCUGGUGUUAAACAAAACGCGGACAAUAGCUUGAGAGGCGACGCUCACGUCAUCGAACUCUCUCCCAACAGCAGCGGCUCUAGCUUCGUAAGAGACUUUGAUUCCAAACUCCACCCGUAUGUACAAUGAUCCGUCCUAUGCAAAUAACAGGGAGAAUAAAUUUUC